AUGGAAGACGAUUCGUGUCAUCGUGUUCGAGCCUAUCAAUGGGUUGCAAACAUUGCAAUGUGCUUUGCCAUAGUAUCGGUUCUCACUGUUUGUGUGUCGAUGCCCGCGAUUUACAUGUAUAUGUUCCAUGUUAAGCAACUCAUCAAUACAGAAGUUAUCACUUGUGAGGAACACGCCAGAGAAAUCUGGAAGGAGGUUGAAAUCAUGAAGAACCUUCCAUUCACUAAUAGAACUUCUCGAUUCCCAAGACAAGCAUACAAGGAUAAAGCUCCAGAAGUUGCUCCAGGCGGUGGAGGAGGAGAAAAGUACAAUGAGGCACCUCCAGUUGCAGAAGCUGCUGGUGGAGGAUCUUGUGGAGGUUGUUGUCCAGGAGGUCCAGGACCAAACGGAAAACCAGGAAAGCCGGGUCGACCUGGAAAGCCAGGAGCACCAGGAUUGCCAGGAGUUCCAGGAAAAAGUACAAUUCAAGCUCCAUGCGAGGCUGCAUCUCCACCACCAUGCAGAGUUUGUCCAGUUGGACCACCAGGAGAACAAGGAAGUCCUGGACCAUCAGGAGACAAGGGACCAGCUGGACAACCAGGACGUAAUGGGCCUGACGGACCAAAUGGAGAACCAGGACCAAAGGGACCCCCAGGAUCACCAGGAGCCGAAGGACAACCAGGAAUGCCAGGAGAACCAGGAAAACCAGCUCCACAAGAGGGAUCACCAGUUCCAGGAGAUCCAGGACCACCGGGAGAUUCUGGAAUUCCUGGACCACCUGGGCCACCAGGAUUGGCUGGACCAGAUGGUUUACCAGGAAUGGGAGGAGCCAAGGGAUCCAAUGGGCCAGAUGGACCACCAGGAGCCGAUGGAGAACCAGGACCAAAGGGACCACCUGGAUCUGCUGGAGGAGCUGGAGAGAAGGGAAUCUGUCCAAAAUAUUGUGCUAUCGAUGGAGGAGUUUUCUUUGAAGAUGGAACAAGACGAUGA